AUGCCUGGCGGAGUGAUUGUCGUUUGUGCCCUAGCAGUCUUUGGGAUCGUCGGCCUCGUCGUCGCUGCUACGAAGCUAGAGCCGUCCCUUCCAAAGUCAUCUAGUAAGAAGAAGCGAUCUUCAACGACACCAGAAACGCCGGCUCCUAGUAUUUUUGCGACUACAAUAUCCAAAGUGGCUCAGAGGUUUGGCGCCGAGGACCCUUUACGCCGCCACCAAGAGCCUGCGCGAAGCCACGAGCAUCCCACGCCCCCUUCUCAGCGGACCACAGCGGACGAAGCUGCGCUUGCGGUGGAGUCGACACAUGCAACUGGUCCACAAUCCACGCCAACACCAUCUAAUUUACAAUCAGUCCCAUUGAUCCAAUUCGAGAGUGAUAGUGACCACUCAUCUACACCUCUCGCUACUCCCACCGUAUUAGAGCAGUUUGAUCCAUACUAUGGUGCACCGCUUUCGCCGCUAGGCUCACCUAUUGCCUCGAAGCCGCUUGGUCGAGAUGCCGGGAAUCCUCACCCUACAGCUCCGAGAUCACAGUACCCCCUCCUAGAGGUUCCUCAAGGUCGAGCGGCGGAUCCUCACCACAUUCGCCUUCAAAUGAUUCUGCUUACAGGACUGCCAUCGAAUCACCAUUAUCUGCAGAUUCCUUUCACAGCGCCCGCAGCAGCGUCGUAUUCUCCCCGCCAUCUCAGCGCAACAGUCUCAGUCUCGAUGAAGCCGCGUCGAGGGUGGCUGCGGGUCGUCUAG